AUGCCUCGGCAUCUGUUUUCCGCUGCGGCGCUGCUGCUCCUUCUUUGCGUGCUGUUGAUGUGCUGCGGCAACAGUGUCGCGUCUGCCAGUAACCAAGGGGAUGCCGUUGAUCCGUUUGCGGGGACGACGGAGAUCCCUGGUGCUGCGUGGGAGGGCGUUGGGGUCGCUGCUCAAUCGGUCACUUCCCUCCGCGUCCCCAGCCUUGUUGCGGUGGGGGACGAUGUUUUUGCCGUUGCCGAGGCUCACUGCACGAAGCUAAACGGCGAGGCAGGCCCCUUUACUGGAAUUGCGUCGAAGCACCUCAAGAAAUCCGCGGAGGGUGCAAUGGAGAUCUCGGCGGCAGACACAAGUCUCCUUUACGCACAACUUGUGGAGGGAAGUGAGGCGGCUGAGAAGAAGGCAACGGAGAUCAUGCGGCCAACAACACUUGUGAGUGGCAGAGAUGUCUACAUGCUGCUGGGAAACUACAGCCGUGCACAGUCUGCAAGUCAAGUUUCCGGCAAAACUGGCUGGAAUCUUUUGCUGGUGAAGGGAACUGUGACUGACGAGGAUGAAACGAAGAAAAUCGAAUGGAGUAACCCCAUGCGGUGCAGCCUGAAUCCGUGGGAAGCCUUGCCUCCCUGA